AUGCCGUCCGCCGAGGAUCAGAGCCAGCAGCAGACCAUCGCCAGCGGCGCGUAUGCAUUGUUCGGCCUUGGCAGUCUGCUGGCCCUGGUUUUUCUUGGGCUUAGGAUGUAUGUCAAGGUUCGGGUACUGAAGAAGACCGGUCUAGACGACGUCUUGAUCAUGCUCUCAUGGGCUCUGUCGGUGGGCACACAAGUGACACUCGUCGUCAUGGUCGCAAAACGUGCGGCAAUCGUUCACAUGUCCGACACAACUGCCGAAAAGUUCUCAUUUUUCACAACAGGAACCUUUGCCAUCACACCGGUCUAUCUGCUAUGCGCAGCCUUUGCGAAACUCUCCUCACUCGCAUUCUACCUGCCUCUUUCCCCACAACGGCGGUUCAAGCGCACAGUAUGGCUGAUGAUGGCUAUCGUGGCCUUGCACACCGCCAUCUUGCUGCUCAUGUUCAUCUUGACUUGCAGACCGGUGGCGACGAGCUGGGAGCCGUCUUUCGAAGCUGGAGGGGCAGUCUGCCUUAGUCGCCGCGGGUUACACCUCGCCUUUGCCAUUGGCAAUGUGGCUACAGACAUCCUGUGUAUGGUCGUCCCGGCUAGCACGGUCCUCGCGCUGCAGGUCAGGGGCAUGCAGAAGGUGGCAAUCUUGGCGGUCUUCUUCCUCACUUCAAUGACUCUCGUUACAUCCAUCACCCGUGCUAUCUACACGUGGCAGCUCUUUGACAGCACAGAUCCGACGUGGGACAUCUGGCGCCUGGUCCUCUGCAUACUUGUCGAAGCCAACCUCUUCAUCUUCUGCGGCUGCCUACCAACGAUGCCCAAGUUCUACCAACACUUGCUCUCCCAGAUCCACGUCCUGGCCAACCCACCCGCACGCGGGUCGGAUGACGACGGCAAUGACUCGGCAGACUUGCACGGCAACAAGAAGUACAGAGAGUCCCGACGGUUGUCGAAACGAGGAUCUCGCUCGUCUCUACUGCCUCCGGGCCCUGCUUCUGCGCCCGGGCUGAUCAUGCAUUCGCUGCAGCCGGGUUCAACCCCAAGGUCCGGACCACUAGACCCUGCACACAACACCGUACAGCAGGAGACUCCACCACGCACAAUAUUACCCUUGCAGGGCCGCAGGGGCUCUCUGUCUCUUGUCGGCGCUCUACAUGAUCACAGGAUCCCUGUCUCCCCGCUAGAAGCCACAUUUGUGGGCUUCGCAAGCCCAGGCCCGUAUAACCAGCUUGGCGAUAUCGCUGAGGAAGGCUUACGACGUGCGAGUAAUGUUGAUCUGGACCUGAGGCUGCCGCCUUCGGACGACUAUCAUGCUGUUGGCACCGACUGA